UUUUGAUUGAUUGGUACAAAUGGUUAACAACAAUUGUAACAAUUUAAUAACUGAAAUGUGAUUUUCACUUGGAUUUACAAUUUACCAAAUUUUCAUCAUUUAUCACUUACAAGUAUUAAGAUUAGUUGGAAAAAAGUUUUAAUUGUUACUUUUAAUCAUAUUGAUUGUUACAUAUUCGACCUGUGUAAUUGUGAUAAAAUUUUCUUCCUCCGUUAUCUCAACAAUUAAGAUCAGUGAGUUUGAAUUCGGAAAAUUAUUGGUGAAUAUAUUGAUCACAAUGAUAAUGAAAUCUUCGUUGAUUACUAAAUCAUUGUUAAUCUCAUUGAUUUUAAUCCUAUUGAUCACAAGUGAUUACAUCAAACCAGUGGCUUCGGGUAAAUUGUUGAAGCUCAAGAAAUUAAAGAAACUACUUCCUUAUUUAUUGGCCCUUAAACCUGCCAAAAAGUUUCUAUUUCCUCUUCCUCUUCCACUGCCACUUCCGAUUCCUAUUUUGAAAUUCACCAAACAAAUUGAACUUCCAGAGUUUUCCAAACACAUGCCUUCAUGGCCGAUGCCCUCUUGGCCUAUGCCUUCGUGGGGUGGUGGCUGGAGUGGUGGUUGGAGUGGUGGAUGGGGUGGAAGUGGCUGGUGAUUAAACACUUAAUCAAAUUCAACAUGAUAAUUGUUACAAUUCGUUAACCCAAAGCCAAUAUACUCAAAAAUCAAACAGUAACAAAUCAAUUGUUAUUUUCAUCAUCAUAAUUUAAAUAUCCUUUUAUCAUAUUAGUAAAAUUAAUCCAAUGAUGAGGAAAAAAAUUCUUAAUCAAAUUUAAUUUUGUUAAAUAAUUUCACCUUUCUAAUUUCAUAACAAUUUCUUAAUCAUAAACUUUUUUACAGACUUCCAUAGUUUCCUAAUUGUCAUUUACUAUUUGGAUAGUUAAUUAAUUUGUAAAUAAAACAUACCAAUAAUUUGAAUCUUUAUCAUGAGCAUUCAAAUAAAAGGCCGGUCCCUUAA